AUAUGCAACCGAUAAGACUGUGUGAAUGGUCAAGUGGUCAUCAGCAUCGAAGCGAAUCUCUCUGUCCGCAUGUGUGUGAGUGAGUGUGUGUGUGUGUGAGUGCGAGGGAGUAAGUGAUUGAGUGAGUGAGCGAGCGAGCGCAAGAGAGAGAGAGUGAGACAGCUUAAAAAUGACGGACGCUCGGAGGAGCGGUUAUUCCGCUGCGGAAUUCGAAUGAACCAGACAUCCAAUACCACCAUAUAGGAUCGGAUUUGGGCCACAUUUGAAGUUCUGGAGCCAGGAAAUAGAAGUCAGAAGCCAGAAGCCAGGAGCACCUCCGCCAGCCAUCAAUCCUUCAGCUGACAACUGUCAUCCGUCAGUUGCACCUGUCAGUUGUCAGAGCAGCGCAGCAUCGUCCAGGCCAGCUGUCAGCGGAAGCAGUAGCGGAAACGGAAGUGAAAGUGUAACUGGGAGUGGAAGGACACAGCACACACAGGACACACAGGACACCAGGCCACCAAAACGGGACAGCAGGAGCAGCAGGAACACGAGCAGGAGCAGGAGAGGAUUGGGCAGCGCAGGGCGUAGCGUGUAGGCGGCAAAAUGCCUGGUGGACGACGUGGACUGGUUGCGCCGCAGAACACAUUCCUCGAGAACAUCAUCCGGCGCUCCAACUCGCAGCCGGACAGCUCGUUUCUUUUGGCCAACGCACAAAUCGUCGAUUUCCCGAUCGUCUACUGCAAUGAGUCCUUCUGCAAGAUCAGCGGCUACAACCGGGCCGAGGUCAUGCAGAAGUCGUGCAGGUAUGUAUGCGGCUUCAUGUAUGGCGAGCUGACAGACAAGGAGACCGUGGGUCGACUGGAGUACACGCUGGAGAACCAGCAGCAGGAUCAGUUCGAGAUUUUGCUCUACAAAAAGAACAAAACCCCACUAUGGCUGCUGCUGCAGGUGGCCCCCAUCCGGAACGAACGCGACCUGGUGGUGCUCUUCCUGCUGACCUUCCGGGACAUCACGGCCCUCAAGCAGCCCAUCGACAGCGAGGACACCAAGGGAGCGGUUAAUCUAUUUUUGCCAGUUUUAGGUCUCUCGAAGUUCGCCAAGUUGGCCAGAUCGGUGACGCGAAGUCGCCAGUUCAGCGCCCAUCUGCCCACGCUGAAGGACCCCACGAAGCAGUCCAACCUGGCGCAUAUGAUGUCGCUGAGCGCGGAUAUCAUGCCACAGUACCGACAGGAAGCCCCCAAAACGCCGCCACACAUACUCCUGCAUUAUUGUGCAUUUAAAGCAAUUUGGGACUGGGUGAUAUUGUGUUUAACAUUUUAUACAGCCAUCAUGGUGCCAUACAAUGUAGCGUUUAAAAAUAAAACCUCAGAGGAUGUUUCCCUGCUCGUGGUCGAUUCCAUAGUCGAUGUUAUAUUCUUUAUAGAUAUUGUUUUAAACUUCCACACAACGUUCGUGGGUCCUGGCGGCGAGGUGGUCAGCGACCCUAAGGUGAUCCGGAUGAACUACCUGAAGUCGUGGUUCAUCAUCGACCUGCUCAGUUGCCUGCCGUACGACGUGUUCAACGCGUUCGAUCGCGACGAAGAUGGCAUCGGUUCGCUGUUUAGUGCCCUCAAGGUCGUCCGCCUGCUGAGGCUGGGGAGGGUGGUGCGGAAACUGGACCGCUACCUGGAGUACGGGGCGGCCAUGCUGAUCCUGUUGCUUUGCUUCUACAUGCUCGUGGCCCACUGGCUGGCCUGCAUUUGGUACUCAAUAGGGCGCAGCGAUGCGGAUAAUGGGAUCCAGUACAGCUGGCUAUGGAAGCUGGCGAAUGUCACCCAAUCGCCGUACUCGUAUAUAUGGAGUAAUGACACCGGGCCGGAAUUGGUUAAUGGGCCGUCACGGAAAAGCAUGUACGUGACGGCCCUGUACUUCACCAUGACCUGCAUGACCUCGGUGGGCUUUGGCAAUGUCGCCGCGGAGACAGACAACGAGAAGGUGUUCACCAUCUGCAUGAUGAUCAUUGCAGCUCUGCUGUAUGCCACGAUCUUUGGCCACGUGACCACCAUCAUCCAGCAGAUGACCUCGGCCACGGCCAAGUACCACGACAUGCUGAACAACGUGCGUGAGUUCAUGAAGCUGCACGAGGUGCCGAAGGCUCUGAGCGAGCGAGUGAUGGACUAUGUCGUCUCCACGUGGGCCAUGACAAAGGGUCUGGACACCGAGAAGGUACUAAACUAUUGUCCGAAAGAUAUGAAGGCUGACAUAUGUGUUCAUCUAAAUCGCAAAGUAUUUAACGAGCAUCCGGCAUUUCGUCUGGCCUCGGAUGGUUGUCUCCGGGCACUGGCGAUGCACUUCAUGAUGUCGCACUCGGCGCCGGGCGAUCUGCUCUAUCACACCGGCGAGAGCAUCGAUAGCCUCUGUUUCAUUGUCACCGGCAGCCUGGAGGUGAUACAGGACGACGAGGUUGUGGCAAUAUUGGGCAAGGGCGACGUCUUCGGCGAUCAAUUCUGGAAGGACUCGGCCGUUGGACAGAGCGCGGCCAAUGUGCGCGCUCUGACCUAUUGUGAUUUGCAUGCCAUCAAACGUGAUAAAUUGCUCGAAGUCCUCGAUUUCUAUUCGGCAUUUGCGAAUAGCUUUGCACGCAAUCUGGUGCUCACCUACAAUCUCAGACAUCGACUGAUUUUUCGCAAGGUGGCCGAUGUGAAGCGCGAAAAAGAAUUGGCCGAACGGCGUAAGAACGAGCCGCAAUUGCCCCAGAAUCAGGACCAUCUCGUCCGGAAGAUCUUCUCCAAGUUCCGGCGCACACCGCAGGUUCAGGCGGGCAGUAAGGAGCUCGUCGGCGGAUCCGGCCAAAGUGAUGUCGAAAAGGGCGACGGCGAGGUGGAGCGGACUAAGAAGCUACCAGCCAAACUGACACUUACCGAGGACGCUCGCAUCAUGAGCACCGCGGCGGCGCCCUCGCCAUCGCCGUCACCAUCACCCUCAUCGGGUCCACCAUCUGCGCGCAGUACACGGGCCAGCAAGUGGGGACGCCUCCUGGGCAGUUCAAGCGUCGAUUCAGCUAGCGACACCAGCGCCAAGGUAGCCGUCUCGAGAAGUUUGAGCGCCCGCGAAAGCCUCCGUGAGAGCACCGCCCAAGCGCGGCAGAGUAGUACUUCGAGUAGCAAUGGUGGACAAGGCAACAAACAUUUACAAUUAAGCAAAGUUUUUCCCAAGGCGCCCAAGCUGCAGGCUAGCCAGGCGACCUUGGCCCGCCAGGACACCAUCGACGAGGGUGGCGAGGUGGACUCGUCGCCGCCCAGUCGCGACAGCCGCGUGGUCAUCGAGGGAACUGCCGGAGGAUCCUCAUCAGCUGCCCCAUCUGGAGGAGCUGCCCCAGUGGCCACCACUUCCUCGGCAGCGGCAGGAGGAUCAGGAGUAGGAGGAGUAGCAGGAGCAGUGGCAGUAGCAGGAUCAGGGGGAGCACCACCUGGCACCGUUGUGGCCAUCGUCACCAAGGCGGAUCGCAACCUGGCCCUGGAGCGGGAGCGCCAGAUCGAGAUGGCCAGCUCCAGGGCCACCACAUCGGACACCUACGACACUGGACUGCGGGAGACGCCGCCGACGCUGGCGCAGCGCGAUCUCAUCGCCACCGUGCUGGACAUGAAGGUGGAUGUGCGACUGGAGCUGCAGCGGAUGCAGCAGCGCAUUGGCCGGAUCGAGGAUCUGUUGGGUGAGCUGGUGAAGCGCCUGACGCCAGGCGGUGGCGUUGCUCCUCCUCCGCCGGACAACAGCAGUGGUCCGAGCACGCCCGGCGACGAGAUUUGCGCGGGAUGCGGUGCCAGUGCACCGGCCACAUCCGCCGUAUCGGUGGUAACCAGUCCAGUGGACACUGUGAUAACAAUUUCAUCGCCGGGAGGAGGAGUAGGAGGAGGAGGAGGAGGAGGGGGAGGAGCAGGUGGACUCGGAGCAGGAGGAUCCGCUGGUGGCGCUGGUGGUGGUCUGCUAAAUCCGGGCGCCCCAGUUGUGUCGAGCGCGGGAGGCAACGGCCUGGGGCCACUGAUGCUCAAGAAGCGACGCUCGAAGAGCAGGAAAGCACCGGCGCCUCCUAAGCAGACACUCGUCGUCGCAGCUCCCGCGGGCUCAGCCGGAUCUGGCAUGACGUCGUCGGCGCCAGCGUCAGCGGAUCAGCAGCAACAGCAGGUGGAUCAGCCAUCGCCCACAACGCCGGGAUCGGAGCUACUGCAUCUGCGACUGCUCGAGGAGGACUUCACGGCGGCCCAGCUGCCUUCGACUUCGGCUGGAGGAGCUGGAGAUGCAGGAACAUCAGGAUCUGGAUCCGGGGCCACGCCCACGACACCGCCACCGCCCCCCACAGCUGGCAGCGGCAGUGCCACGCCCACCACCACCACGCCCACUGGCAGUGGAACACGGGGCAAGCUGGACUUCCUCUAGCCCAGCUCCAUACCAGAGCAAAUGGAGGAUUAGAAGGCCUCCAGCCAGGAGCAUUAAUACAAAACAUAAGGGGGAAGGGGGAAAUGGGGGGAGGGGGAUGGGCCCAGCCACGCCCACUCGCAAGCCUACGCCUACGCUUAGUUAGUCUAUAUAUUUACGAUACAGCUGUAUAACCUCAACUCAACUCUGAAAAGCUAACUUCGUGUAUCCUCAAACAUUUUUCAAGACCACUGCAACAUAUUUGACCGAAAGUUAAGAUAUAAUGCGAAAUUUAAAUAAGUUGUUCUAUAUUUUCUAUAUUAAGUGAACAUGUGAAAUUUACCACUGUCAUAUUAUAGUUUAUUUAUAGACGUUAUCAACUUUUGGAAUGAAAACACAAGUCUGGACAACAAAACUGAAUUCCUAAAAAAAUAAAUUGUAUUAUUUGAAAUUUUUAAAUAUCAGUAUAAAAUUCAACAAAUUUGAAACUCAUAUAAUAACAAACAUGGACUCCGAAAUUGCAAUCCUAAAUUAAUAAAAACUAUUAAAACUUUUAAUUAAUUUGUAUUAAAUUAAAAAAUUUAAUAAUUUAUAGAAACUGAUUUUAACGUUAGUUGACUUAUCCAUGAGUAAUUUAAUUUUGCUAUGUUUUCGGUUUUUACUUUAUAACCUUAUUAUAAGGGGUUUAACUUACCAAACUUGUUUUUACUUUUUGUAUUUGCACGAUGUUAUUUAAAAUUAACAAGUUUGCCUGUGAAGGAGAUGAAAACCGUACAAUACUUUGCUAACAAUAAUUUCAUUAUGUUUCAAAAAAGCAAACUGCAUAAUCAAGCGAACCUUAAUCUAUUAUUUCAUAGCAUAAUUUUAGGGAAAUUAAAAGGAUGUUUAAGAAUAGUGAGGAACCAUAUGUUGCAGUGGAUCUUUAGAUGAAAAACUUUAUUUUAUAUUCGCUACAUAAAGCUCUACCUUAUGCUAUCCCUUUCUCUCUCUCUCUCACACACAUACACACUCACACAAACACAAACACACACUCUGAAUGGAAGUGCUCGAUACUCGAUAUUCGAUACUCUUUAACCGUUACAUGAUUAUGAUUAUGAUUAUGAUUACGAUAGCGUUAGCUAUAAGGAUUAACGAUUACGAUUAAGGCAAGCAUAUUGCUUACGAAUUUGCUACAUUUACUGCAAUUAUUUACCUUUAUAUACAUAUAUGUAUAUAUGUGUAUACAUAUAUGGACAAAGACAAACGUUGUAAAGGACACACACAGACACAAUCACACACACUCACACUCAGAUAUAGCUGUAUGUAUAUAUGGAUAAUUUUGUGAUAACUGCUAAAGAAGGCAAAAAACCAGAAAACCAGAUGAAAAAAAAGCUUACAGACCGAAACAAUGCCCGUGAAUUGUACAUAGCCUAAAACCUAGCUUUAGAAAAGGAUCCAAAGGGAUCGUCACUCACACGAAGACACAUACCGAACAUGAAAAUGCAAAUGUACAUAAAUACACACAGAGAUAUAUGUAUGGAUAUAACCCGUCCUAACUAACUAACUUAACAUAAAAACUCGGCUUGAGCACUCCGGCACUCGCACUCGCUUGACUCCCUAUAUUCUAGGCCUAUAGACUCAGAAAACAAAAACUCAACUCAACCAAAUAGUUAACUCAGCAACAGUAAAGCUUAAGAAAAACUUAAAAACGGAAAAACGGAAAAACAAAUAAUCUAGAUACAGCAGUAUGUGUGGCCGCUAAACGAAACGACAAUCGACAGACCUAAGAAACCAAAACAAAAAAAAAAUAAAAAAAAAAAUCAUAGAAAAACAAAUAGCAAAUCUCUAGUUACAAGCAAGGAUCAAAUAUGAUUUCUUUGGGCAUUGUAAAUAUUUGAAUUAAAUUUUAGCAAAAUAUGUUAUUACCAUACGGGGUCAUCAACACUUAACACACACCUACACACAUAUUUUGUGAUAAACAACUAGCUAAUGAAAAACCAAUUUGAGAAAGUUUAGACAAAAAGAAUUAACCUAGAUAUUUGUUUAUGCUGGCAUUUGAUAGGCUUGCACUUGGCUUAUAAGGAGGAUUAGGAUUUGGGUGGGAUUAGGAACCGAACCGAAAACUCUUCAGGUCGCGAUAAAUAGUAUGUUUAAGUGGGAGGAGAAUGAGAAUGAGAAUGAGAAGUACUCCUAUCCUGGACAGUUUAGAGGCAAGGUUUCAUUACGUUUAAGUCGCCAUCAGUUGGAGUCCACUUGAAUCUCGUUCGGUUAGCAUCGUUUUGAUUCCCUAGUUGGUAUUCGAUAAUUGCUAUUUGAUAAAUGAUAUUUGAUAAUUGAUAUUUGAUACUUAUGAUACCUAGUGUAGAGAGUGGGCAGAACCCGUUCCCCGGAUCAAAUGCGACUACGAUUACGACUACAAAUACAUACGAACUGUCUUCCCUGUAUAGUUGGGGGAGUUAAGGGAUUAAGGGGUUUGGGAGUUCGGGUCUGUCCGCGAAAAAAGUUACUUAGUUCUAGUUGUAGAUUUUUUCGAUUCCCAAUCCCCAAAGGUCGUUGGACCCACCCCCGUUAAACCAAAAGCAAUUCAAGUGGUAUUAAAACUUAUUUACUAACUCAAUCACAUUCAUCCAAAUCCCCCCUCCCUAUACAUAUACGUAUUUCCAAUACUCAAACAAAGAAUCAAAAAUUAAUGGAUAGCGAAGAGUAAAUUUGUUGCAUACAUUUAGGCCUUAAGUUCUAGUUGAAAGUAGCGGGCUCACUGUACAUAGUGUUUUUUUUUUAUAACUAUAAAUCAAAUAUACCUAAACAUAAAUAUAUACAUAAAUAAUUAAAAACGAUUAGGCAGCAGCAGCAGCAACAACCAACUGAGUAAGAAAAGCUAAGACGCACUAGUUCGGAACGGAAGGAAACGAUAAGACGGAGAUUUACCGAUAGUCCUCAUAAGCAGAUACGAUCGCACUGAUACGAUAGCAGCCUAGUACUCGUAUUGUUUGACCCCUACUCCCACUCUAUCUCUAGUUGUCUCUCCCUCUCUAUCUCUAUCUCGCUUCCGCCCCCCGCCCUUCAUAUUCAUUUUAGGGUGUUUUAAACCCAACUACACAGAGCCUUAUAAAUAUAACCUAAAGUAACUAAACCAACUCAAGCCGCAUUCAGCUAACUAGCAACUCAGACCUAAUACAAACAAAAAAACCUAGCAUAUUAGCAUUAAAACAUUAAAAGUGAACGACAACGUGAAACUAAAAAUGGUGCAAUUAGAAUUUUUAGAUCAAGCUGAGCAAGCGAGCAGCUUAAUCGAAAUUUAUAUUGAACAAUUUAUGGGGAGGAUGUGGAUAAAUAAAUAUACACACAUAGGAGGAAUAGCGAGUCUCAUGUAUAUACACCCAGAAGGAAAAAUGACAAAACAAUCGAAGAAGAACCCUAUAUCGAGAUCCCAGAUAAGAAAUCAACUCACACUCACGAUGUUCUGGCCUUCAAUUUCUCCUAGAAAACGCCCGAUUCAGUCUGAUAUUUAUAUAAAUGUACGUGCAUACCAUAUGUAUGUAGAUCGCCAGAUGAUUAGGUUGCUGAAGGUCGGUUCGGGUCCGUUUUGGUGGACAUUCGCUGAGAAGCGCCAAAGAAACUGAUUAAACCAUAUUAUUAUUAUAGAUAUGUACAUGUAUAUAUGUGUACCUCUAGUUACACCUAGAACGAUAACGAGAACAACCUAUCAAAAUUAAGCUUUUAUACGCCAGAAUUUUUUUCUAAACAACUAAAAAAACAAAACAGAAGAAGAAAGUAAACUAGAGAAACACUCAACACAAUUAUUGCAAGCCAGAGAAAGAGAGCUAAAUUAACUCACAACACUCAAUUAACGAAUACCGUUUAAAAAUGCCCCAAGUGAAAACUAAAUUAAUUUAACUAUACAUUAACAAUGAUAGAUAAAAAGAGCCUUAACCAAGAAAACACGCGCCUCAUUUUCGUUUUUCCAUUUAUUACGUAAGUCCCACAGAAAUGCUAAAUAUUAAAAAAACAAAAAAAAACAAAAAUAUUAUGGCUAAACCAAACAUACUAAAGAUACUGAAAAUACCAAACCAAAAUAUUUAGCAUUAUGCUCUAGACUCUAGACGAAAAAGAACCAAAAUUUUACAACAACAAGAUGAAACAAGAACAAACGCGUUAAAGCAAUGUUAAACAUUUUCCACCAAUUUGAGAAGCAUAGUUGCUUAAAUAACAAACAAGAAAUACCUAAAAAAAAAAAACAAACAAAAAAAACAACUGAAACUUAUUUCGUACACGCGCCCUUUGUUUUUAAAAAUCGAAAAGCUGCCUAUUUAUAUAUUUACAAACAAACAAACAAACAAAAAGAAACCAAACGAAUCGAAAGGAAAGAGAAUUACCAAUUAACUACAAAUCUAACAAGCCACAAAAAUACUACAUAUUGCAAUUGCAACAUUCCAAGUAAAGAAAAAACCUAAAAAAUAAUACAAGCAUGUAUAAAUAGUUUGAAAUCAAUUGAGUUUUGGUUCCAUGACGCCGAAAACUUAGAGACAUCAAGCCACGGCUUUGCUGAGCAGAUUUACAGUUAUAUACAUACACCCACAUAUAUAUAUAUAUAUAUACACGAUACAUAUAUAUAUAUACCGAUAUAUGUAUGUAUAUAUUGGUAGUUUAUACCAUUUGAAGCUUGGGCUUGUUUAAAAACGCCAGGAGACAAGCCGAAAUCGCGAAAUCGAUAACAGAAAUAGUUGUAACAUUUAUUUGAGAAUCGCUGGAUUAUUGCCUAAAGUUAAUGUGUAUAGUUACUUGAUUAUUGCCGCAUUUGACCCACACUCACAACACUCAAAAACACACGAACACCAGACCGGCUGUACGCCCAUUAGUAUAUCCCUGGGGUUAACGAAUGGAUCGAGCUAAAAUGAUGGGGAAUCCAAACUAGAAACGCGGUAAAGCAAAGAAAACAAUUUUCAGAACCGCAGAAAGCUAACACACAAUAAAUGAAUGAGACAAAGAAAAGAGAAAUACAUACAUAAAUGUUUUUAAAAAAACUAA